AUGCUGUCCCCAUCGAAAAGAGGAGAAUCCUCAUUGUCAGCAUCUACGGCAAUCACGGAAUCUUCACUACCUCUGAGGAUAGCUCUAGGAACUCUACUCAUCAAAGUCUUUCCACUCCAUCCUGAUGGUCACGCCUAUUCGGAGGAAGAUGCAAUCUAUUCACACAUUUUCACCUCUACCAUCCUUCGUAUAGUGGCUAGGGAGAUUCUUGAAUUGGCUACCCCUGCAACCUACAUUUCUCUCUUGCGGGAAACAGACCCUCUCAUCAAGACCGAGAUAAAACGUCUAGAUCAUCGUAUAGAACGUAAACGUCAAAGAGGGGAACAUUAUGAUCAUCUCGAUCCCUUUUUGGAGUUUGAGAGUUGGUUGGGACCGUUCUCUUCCACUUUUUCCGACCCGUGCGAUGGGUGUGAAUACAUCCGACGUAUGUCCUCUCGCUCUCCUUUUCUUAAGCCUUCCCUUCUCAACGUCAUACCCAAACCUAUAGAACAUCAAUCGGUCAUUGGAAUUUUCAUCAGAGAUCUCUUACUCACAUUACGAAAAAUGUCUUUUGAGGAGAGUAUAACUUUGAGUCGGCUCAUGGGUAUAUGGUGUGGGGCCAAUGUCCCUUCUAUCACAAGACCAUUGCACAUAUAUUCUUUGAACCGAAAGACAGCAAUGGAAGAUACUUUUCGAAAGCGCCAAGACGCUCUUCAGAAAUAUACAUCCGCAUCUGCUUCGGGUGAUCAUACCAAAGCUCUCCAUGCUCUUCGACAAUUUUAUGACUAUCAGUUCCCCGCCAAUUUGAGAGGACAACAUCAACAUGCUUUGUUAGGUCUGGCUACGUUUCAUUAUUCUACCCGAGGGGUGGAGGUGGCCCGUACUGCGGUGAACGAAUCGAUCCGCGUGGCUAGAGCAGAAGGGGACAAACAAUGUCUACAAAAAUGUCUGAGCUUGUUACGUCGUCUCGACCUAGAAGCCUCACCAGUAUCAUCAGGAGGUUCAGAGGGUUUGAGGAUUUCUCAAGCUCCACUACCGGCAAGUAAACUUUCUCCAGCCACUUCGGCAAAUGACGAGCUAUGGUCGAUCAAACCCGCUCUUGAUUUGGGAGAACCCAUACAUGUGGCUUUAGGCAGGGUACAUCGGGCGUUGGGAAGAUACGAAACCUCUAUCGCUCCCUCAGAAGAAAGCAAAGAGCUUGUUCCGCCGGAUGAACUGGACAUGGCAGCGUGGCACUCGACUCAGGCCGCUCUGUGGUCUUCACUCGGCUCUAACACAUUAUGUAAUUUGCAUAUGAAUAUGGCAUCGAGACAUGCUUCCAAUCCCACCGCUAGACUUACUGUGGCCCUUUCCAAAGCCGAGCGGGUGAGUAUGCCGUUUCCUUCCCGUCUUCCUCCCCCCCUUCAACACUGUCUCUUCACAUGUCAGAAUCCGUUCGAGUGGUUCUCAUCGGAGACAUGA